AUGGCGCCCAACUUUGCGGAUUCCUUCUGGUCUGGGGAUUAUGCUGGAGGUCUUGGUGUUCUAUUCGGUAAACUGCAGCAAGGUGUCGCCGAAAAUCAACAAGUUCUUACCAUUGCGCGAAUGCGAGCGGAAGCCGAAGAUAUCUAUGGUAUGAAAUUAGGAGAUAUCGGAUCAGUAACGGAUAAAAUAACUGGCGGUUUCGGAAGAGAUGAUGGAGCAAGCGUUCGAAAGGCAUACGAUGGAGUACGGACGGAGAUGGAAGAAGCUUCGAAAAAUCACCGAAAAAUCGCACAGAGUAUUCGAGAUCUCGUAGUAGCCCCCUUUUCACGCUGGUGUGAUGCACAUGAAAAUCGAGUUCAGAAUUCACAAGACGAUCUCCAGGCGCGGAUCAAACUUCACGAUAAACAGGCAGAAUUGGUCAAGAAGUUACGAAGUCAUUACUUUAAUAAGUGCCGGUUGGUGGAAGAUAUUGAGGAGGAAAACAAACUUGCUUUCCAGGAUCCGGAAACUAGUCCGAAGGCCAAGAUUCCAGAGAUCAAGGUCGGUGAUAAGGAUGAUGAAGAGGAUGAACUGUCUUUGGAAAUUGGUGAUGAUAUCUAUAACUCGGAACAGGUCAAGAAGAUCAUGACACAUCUUUUACAAACAAUCAAGUUGGUCGACACAAAGGUUCCAAUCUUGGGCACAUAUCAAAAUACGACAUCUGGCGCAGAUAUAGUGGAAUACUUUCAGAAAUAUCUAGGGGCAACGAGUGUCAGUCAUGCAGAACGUAUCGGACAGGAUUUGGUAUCGCAUGGCUUUCUACGAUUGAUUGGGAAUGUCGGCAAUGUUUUCGCAAAUAGUUCCAAGAUGUUUUACCAAUGGCGACCAAAAGGUUUCCAGUUGACAGGAAUCCCCGAAAAGAAGCCAACCGUUGGUCGCACUUUCUCUAUCACUUCCAACUCUGACUUCGCAGAAUCUCCUGUCGUUGGAACAGUUUCUGAAUAUUUGGCUGGCUGGAAUCCUUUGAACAACCAACAUCCAAACGAGACCCCAGGCGAUCGUCUUCGUAGAGAAGCCGCAGAAGCAGACGAGAGAUACAAGCAAGGUGUCAAGAAAUUAGAUCACUUGCGAUGUCAAUUGGAGGAAGCCAUCUUCGAGCAUUUGAGAUAUCUGGAACGCUGUGAGCUUGACAGACUCAAGGCUAUCAAGACCAUCAUUCUUGACUUCUCCGGAACGAUUAGCAAUGUCAUUCCUAGUCUGCAGUCCACAGUAGACAAGAUGAUGCUCUACCAAGAAACCGUACAACCUGUUGGGGAUCUGCGAUAUCUUCUCGAAAACUAUCGCACUGGUGGCUUCGCGCCAAAGGUUAUCGUCUACGAAAAUUACUACAACUCUGCGGAUGAACAAACAUUCGGUGUUGAUCUGGAAGCUCGGGCUCGAGGAGAUAGAAAGCGGGUACCAGUCAUAAUCACUACUAUUCUCACCUUUUUGGACAACAGAUAUCCUGACCUUGAAGGGGACCCAGCUAGAAGAAGUGUGUGGUUGGUUGAUGUUCCCCUUCAUCAAACUCAUCGAGUACGAGAUGCUCUUAAUACUGGAAAGCCAUUUCCUAUUGAAACUUUGGAGCCAUAUGAAAUCCCUAUCAUUGCAAGCGUUCUUAAAUUAUAUCUGCUGGAAUUACCAGAUUCUUUAGUGUCAUCACACGUUUACGAAAUUAUGAAAACGAUUUAUUCAACUCCUGCAUCCGAAUCUACCGAUUCAGCUCGAAUAUCAGUUCUACAAAAUACACUCAGUCAACUCAGAUUAGCCAACAUCGCUACCCUAGACGCUCUCAUGACACAUUUCACCAGGUUAAUCGAACUCACUUCCGCUGAUGAGACCUAUAUCUCUGAACUCGCAACAAUCCUUGCUCCAUGCGUCCUUCGACCAAAAAUUGAAACCUCGAUGACAAUGGAAGAAAAGUACUCAUACCGUCUCAUUCGUGAUCUCUUUGCUCACAAAGAUGCUAUCUUUUCUGAACUCAAGCGAGCAUCAUCGCUCAAUUCUGCUUCAAAUAUUGAUACCAGAAGACCUAGAGCUAUUAGCACCGACGAAAGCAACCGACGAGCCAACAUGGAAGCUAGACAAAAGGCAAUCAUUGCAGCAGGUGGCGCUAGAAGUCGCGCUACUAGUCCUGCCCCAGGUCCCCGUGGUCAUCGCAGAGAUAGAAGUUCAGGACCACCUGCAGCUGAGACACGAUUCCCGGUACAAACAUCCCCCACGGCUACAACCGAUUCGACUAGAAAUUCCAGGGGUAGUGUGAGACAGAGUCUCGAAGUCCCAUCGUCAGACGAAGCUAGUCCAGUUGUUGAACCGAAACCCUCUCCUUUAUCUCCAUUGGCCAAUGGAGCCGAGGCUAGCGUUACAAGCGCUACGUAUAUGCCUGGGUCCGGAGAUGGAAUGGAUGAAAUCACUUUAGAAAAGAGGGUUAGUCUCCCAACUGUGGAAAAGAGGAAUAGUUUAGGGCGAAGCAGCCCAAUGUCGAGAAAUAGUAUAGGGAGAAAGCCUUACGGAAAUGUUGCGAGGAUGAGUAAGAAUUUUGAUAUGGGGGCGGCGGGCAAUAGAGAUAGUGUAGGGAGUAUUGGUGAGGUACCGGAACCACCAGCUGCAGAACAAAAGGUUGGGGUGAGUUUGGAGGAUAAGCCAAUGGACGAUUAG